CAAUAAUUUUUUUUCUACUCACUUGUACAAAAUUUAAAGCAGUUUGCUUUUGCACAUUAGAAGGAAUUUUUCUUUUUACAAUUUAUGAUAAUGCAUCAUUAUUCGCUGUGAGUUUGAAAGUGUGCUCAAAAGUAACUCGAUUAAAAAGAGCGAAAGCAAAAGCAGCAACAAAGAAGAUUUUUUGUUAAAUGCAAAUUAGCCUCAAGCGGUCUGCAACAGAUCACCAACUUAAUUCAUAUACAAUGAAGAAAAAUGAUUCGAAUAUAGAGAACAGAUUGUGUUAAAGGCUUUUUUGUGGACGAAACAAAAAUAUGCUAAAAACUUUUAUGUAUAUGAAAAACUAUAGACGAAUCAUGAUGGUUUUUGCAAUAUUUCUUAUGUACAUAUCAAUGUAUUUAAUUCAUAAUGCCUAUGGCUCGCUAUGCAUAAUUAAAAACAGUGAAGAUAAUAAAAGCAAUGUCGGAGACAUUGAAACAGCAUCAAGACUUUAUAAAGUCAACAAUACAAACCUGUUUGCCGAUCUUCUUAUGAACACGACGCAAAUGCAAAAUCUAAGAUUGGAACAGUCUGAAGAGUCAUCAAGAGAUUAUACAAAUACUCAUGGCACGGAAUGGAGUAGUAAUAUUGAUUUAGAUGACAUUUUUAUCAGUAUUAAAACGACUAAAAAAUAUCAUAAUACCCGACUGAAGCUAAUUAUAGAAACGUGGUUUCAACUAGCAAGAGAUCAAAUUUGGUUCUUUACUGAUGAUGAUGAUCAAGUUUAUCAAAAUUUAACCAAUAACCACAUGGUGCAAACAAAAUGUGGUCAGGGUCACUACAGGAAAAGCCUUUGUUGUAAAAUGAAUAAAGAAUUUGAUUUCUUUCUUAGCACGUCAAAAAAAUUUUGGUGUCACUUUGAUGAUGACAACUAUGUAAAUAUACCAACAUUAGUCAAAGUUUUAAAUGAUUAUCACGCCUAUCACGAAUGGUACCUUGGCAAACCCAGCAUUUCUUCGCCUAUAGAAAUGUAUAUGAAUGCGGCGAUAAUGAGCUUAGAGCGAAAUAAAAAUCAUUCCAAAGAUGAAUUAAAGAGACGAGAAAAUGAGAAAAUUAAAUUUUGGUUUGCUACUGGUGGUGCCGGAUUCUGCAUAAGUCGUGCAUUAGCAAUUAAAAUGAUGCCUUUGGCUAGCAAUGGAAAAUUUGUUGCAAUCGGUGAUAAGAUUCGAUUCCCUGACGAUGUAACGCUCGGAUUUAUUGUUGAAUAUUUGUUAAAAGUUCCUUUGACGGUUGUCAAUCCAUUUCAUUCGCAUUUAGAACGGAUGGACCACAUUGAAAUGGAAGAUUUUCGAGAUCAGAUCUCAUUCAGCUAUGCACACAUAAAAGAUGAUUGGAAUAUUGUAAAAGUCGAUAGAUUUGAUACAACAAAAGAUCCGUACCGAAUUUAUUCACUUCAUUGUUACCUUUUCCCACAAUUUGAUAUUUGCAAAAACCGUCAAUAGUCUGUCUUUCAAUCUCUUGUUGUUUUUUAUAUGAAGUUUUUUUGUGUAUGUUUUGCCAUUAAAGAUGAAUU